AUGGCGGCUCAGAAUAGGCAUGUUCUUAUGAUGCUAGACAGGUACACAGCCCAUAACAUAUAUGAUAUGAACCCAACUAAUGUAAAGGUUCACUCCCCUCAUCCAAAUGCAACUAGUCUUCUUCAGUCUGAUCCACGGCAAAGAAAAUGCCUGGUAUCUCCACGACCAAAUGUACUCAUGGCUUUCGUAAGGCUAAUGGUCAAUUCGGAUGCUGCAAAAAAAGUUCUAAAGUGUCCAAGACGUGUAACAUUUCUACAAUUAUUGUCUAUAGGUGAUGACAAAGAAAGAAACCCUAAACUGCUAAUUUAUAUCGACAAAGCUCUGGAAAUACUUCAAGCGAUCGAGAAUGAAGCUGAAGUAACGGAAAUUAGCAGAUGGUUCUCGCGUGUUACAUGGAACUUGGCUCUGAAAGCGGGAGACGAGAUCACAUUUGUUUAUGAGUACUUUUUACGCUGCUGUAUUUUUCUAGAAUUAGCUCGCGGACCCUAUUCUCGCUUAAAAAAUGCACUCAUGUUGACCAUUGCCGCUGGAGUGGAAGUCAUCAGGAAUAUGCCGAAGGAACAUUCAUUAGAAAAAGAAGCUACCAUCAGAAAUAUUCUGACACAUGUGGCAAAAUAUCGAAGCAUAGAGAAUAGAGGAAAUUACAAUAUGCUACGCCUUCUACACACGUACGAGUUUGAAGUCCGGCUGCACAUGAAUGAUACCUCUUGUGAAGAAGCAUUAGAAGAAAUACUGCAUUUACCUUAUAUUGAUGCAAAAACUCUGGAACAUAUAGCUGCCAUAGCAUAUGAUUUUAAUACCAACAACUAUAAAAUCAUUCUAAAGGCUUUGCGAGGUGCUUUGAACAAGAUUCUGGAAAAUCCAAAUGAAGAUUCCACACAUGUGAGCCAAACGUACCAUUGUCUUCUGAAUAUCCUCUUCUACGCUCAAGAGUUUAAGUCUUUCGCUACAGAAGAGGACAGUAUGAAAGAAUGCAAGAAUUUGUUAAAUCUCAUAGGAAAUGGAAUGAAAGAUUACCCACAAAUCGAAAUCCUGUGGACAAUGAUUAAAUGCUGGAACUGUGGAAUACGAAAGUUAUCUUUCGGAAAUACCAGACGAGCUUAUGAUUGGUGCUCUCUCGCAAUGGAAUUCCAGAAGAAGCUGACAACUUUUAGAUCACUGUACGAGAAGAAGUUUCAAACAUUUUUCUCGGUUUACUUCGCCAAUUUUGAUAUCAAUAAGCCUUACUCUUCAAGUGCACUACAUGAUUAAUGAAAGUUAUUAACUAUCUAAUACUAAGAAUUACUCCUUAGUAUUAGAAAUUAAUCCUUUAUUAAGGAUUACUCCUCCUUACUUGUUAUGACUUCUUAUGUCUUUAAAUAAGUAAAGAUA